GCUCCCUUAUUUUUAGUGAACUAUUUUAAUAGAUAAUUAACUGUUGGUAAUCCACACAGUCUGUUCUGUAACUCUUGGCUUUCAUUAAGUCCCAGCUUUCUAGAAUCGUGGCAUUAAUUCCGACUUGUGAAAUGUGCUCUGCGUACUUUCAGUAAACUCUGUGCUGUAGUAUGGGGAGAGCCUUUCAAGAAAGAAGAGUGAGCUGGCAAGCCCUGAAGUGGGAGUAGGGAAGCAUUAUUAAGUGUAGGAUUAAUGCCUGUAUAUACAGAUACGGCCUGCGUAUACUUACAUAUAAAUAGUUUAUGCAAACAAGGAUCUAAUGGUGCUGAUUCGCACCUUAACAGGUUGAAAUCUGAAAGUAGAAAAGAAUUGGUUUUAGCUAUGUUUCUUUUUUUAGAUAACUAUUUACAUGGGUAACUUAAAAUAAAUUUCUUGCCCAGCUUGUUACUUAGUUAUGGAAUAAGAAAACACUGUGCUGAUUUCUUGGCAGUAGCAGGGAAGGAAAAUACAGAACAUACAAAAGACUGCCCUUUAGAAAUGUUCUUUAGGUCAGUAUGUUAUUGUCUUUCUGUUGGAAUAAACAGCUUUACUCCUAUUUUGUGUAUUAGUGCUUAGAAUAGUGUUUUGCAUCGGAUUGGUCCUCAGUAGAUGUGAGCUUUGUCAGAAGUAAAUUAACAUAAUACAAACUAAAUGCAUAAAUUUCUGGAAAAGAUUAAAGGAAUUGGGGAAGGGUACUUUUUUAUUAAUUGAGGACUACCUUUUUUAAUUGGGAAAGUUUUUUUUUUAAAGAUUUUAUCUGUUUAUUUUUAGAGAGAGGAGAGGAGAGGGAGAGAAACACGGAUCUGAUGCCUCUCCCAAGCCCCAGGGAGGAGGGGGACAGAACUUGCAGGCCAGGCAUCUUCCCGUCCAACCUGAGGCCUUUUACUUUGCAGGAAGACUCCCAACCAGCUGAGCUACACCAGUCAGCAGGGCUACUUUUUUAUGAAAAUGAUGCAUCCUGUUGCCAGCAGUAAUCCCGCUUUCUGUGGGCCUGGCAAGCCUUCUUGCCUCAGUGAAGAUGCCAUGAGAGCUGCUGAUCAGUUUGACAUAUAUUCCUCCCAGCAAAGCAAAUAUAGCCACACAGUCAGCCACAAACCAAUGGCUUGUCAGAGGCAAGACCCAUUAAAUGAAACACACUUGCAGACUACAAGUGGCAGAAGCAUAGAGAUAAAAGAUGAACUGAAGAAAAAGAAAAAUCUCAAUCGAUCUGGUAAGCGUGGCCGGCCUUCUGGAACCACCAAAUCAGCUGGAUACCGGACCAGCACAGGCAGACCCCUGGGAACCACCAAAGCGGCUGGAUUUAAGACAAGUCCAGGCAGACCUUUGGGUACAACCAAAGCUGCGGGAUACAAAGUCAGCCCAGGGAGACCCCCGGGUAGCAUUAAAGCUCUGUCCCGUCUUGCCGAUCUUGGUUAUGGCUGUGGCACUGCUGCUUUUCCUUACCCUAUGAUGCAUGGCAGAGCAGUUCACGGGGUAGAGGAAACCAGCAGCGAAGUCAAGCCACCCAAUGAGUGAAAGAGGCAGGAAAGGAGGGCCAGGUUUAAAGGAAGAUUGUGAAUAAUCCCAAAGCUUCUUGGUUUUAUUUUGAACAUACAUGGUUUUAUGGCCUGGACUUUCCACAUUUGUUUUCCUGUUUGUUUGGGUGUUUUUUUACCCCCUGCUUUUGCUCAAAAACCGCCAUAUGCUGACAGAUGCACUCAGGGCAUGAGCAGUGGCAUUGAAUUUGUACAUAGGUUCAACUGUAACACCUAACUAAAUCAUUUUUGUUUUUCCUUUAGAGUAUGGUUAUGUCUCAUAUUUCAUUACUACUUUUGGGCUAUUCUAAAUAGAUGCUUCAUGUGCUAAACAACUGAAACCAUUAUACCUAUUAGUUUGUGAAGUAAGCCUACAAUAUAAUAAAGAUAAUAUCUAAGGUAUUUUUAGUUGAUGGAACAAAGCAAACUAAUGAUUCAGGAUUGUUUGAAGUAUGGCUGUGAAAUUUUGUAACGUGUUUUCAUGAGACAAGACACAGACAUUUGUAUGCUUUGGCAUUUACAUAGACUUUAGAUGUUAAAAUUUUUAUUUUUAAUGUUCUAGGUUUUGGCAGCUUCUUAUUUAUUGAUCUAAAUGGCAUUAAUUGAUUUAACCAUUGUUCCAAAAGGAAUUAUUUAGUGUUUCCUUUUCAGCAAUGAUAGGUUGUAUAUUUUUUAAUCGCCUAAGAGCAUAUAUACCAAACACUGCAAACAAUUCAUAUUUACAAAAAAAAUAAACUUUUUAAUAAAAACUGCACAUUACAUUAUUGGGGAAAUAUGAUGUGUUCUGAGAAUAGCUUAUGUAAUAUAAUAGAAAAAGAAACAUUCUUAAGGUUUGCAUGGAGCUAUAUUCACUACAGUUUGUCUUUCAUAUACUCAGUUUCAAAGCAUUGUGCUUAAAACAUUUAUUAUUGUUACUCAUUUAUUCAGAAUGUUUUUAGUUUUUUUCUGAGAAAUUGUCCCGUUGCAUUAGAACUUACUGUGGUUUCAGGUUUGGACACAAACUGAAUGGUAGGCUAUAAAACCGAUACAAACAAAAAAAGCAGUUUUCUGACUGUCAGAACACAAAUAUUAAGAAAUAUAUAGGAAUCUACCUAUGCAUGAAACAUGUUAAAAAAUGUGUUGGUUAGUUUAAUUAAAAAUCCGAUUGUGGCUCCAGUGAGACCCCUUUACCCCCUGCUCCCCACCAGAUUUUUUUCCAACAGUGUUUGCUUUAGAAGCAAGGUAGAUAGAAAAGAAAAAAGUAUUGGGUAGAUACGUAUAGUAGGGGCAGAAGGAAAUUUCUCUUGACCCCUUUCUGAAAGUAAUAUCCUUUUUAAUACACAUUUUAGUUAUUCUGAGUUUGUUCUAAAUAAACUAUUACAAACUUUGGAUUUGAAAAAAAUUCCACUGAACUUUGAAGUUACAGUGUAUGUGUUUGCCAUUUAAAAUGCCUUGGAGAUUAUAAUGUAGAUUUGCAGGGCCCAGAAACUUUAAAAAUAAUUAAAAGUUUAAAAAGGCGCAUAUUGUGUUGUUUGGGCUUGCUCUCAGUUAGUGCAGACUCUGAUUGCAAAUGUAUGUCAUUUUUCAUACCUUUUUAUCAGGAAAAAAGCAGCAAGCCUUCAGGUGUUCCAGUGAUGCCUGACACAAUGAGCUCGAUUUUAUGCUGCUCUUUACACUAAGAAGUGUUGCAUUGUAUGUGGGAGCUGUGUGUGCACUGGCAUCUAAGACAGUGACCUCAACAAUUUUAACUUUGCACAAAUCAUAGCAAACAAUGUUUGAUGACUACAAAAUCAGUUGCAACAUUCUGGCAGCUAAAUUGCUACAAGAGUUUCUUUUUGCAGAAGCUUAAAAUACAAAAUUUUAAUAAUUUACUAAAAGCAGUAUAACUUCUGACGCACACAAAUGCUUACAUCUUUAUUCAUGUAUUUAUCCAUUUUUACGAUGUAUCUGUCAUUUACCUAUUUUUCAAGAUGAUGUUCAGCAUCUGACUGCUUAGAAAUCCUCUUUUGAGUUCCUGAAAACAGUUGUUUAAGUAAAUGUUCUACUGUAAAUUUGGUUGCAUGUUGUGUUUUUUAGUAUGUCCAUUUGACAUUGCCCUUUCAGUUUGUUUAAUUCCUGAUUUUGUUAUACAAAACCUUCCCUUUCCCCCCUGCCUUAUCUACGUUCUUUCACUCCCCUUUUCCUCGUCCUCCAGCACAUCUACUCAGUGGUGCUGUGCGGUGUGUCAGAAGGUAAAGCAGGUGUAUUAUUGUAUACUGAAUUUUUUAUACAUGUUUAAUGAAACGGUGAAAUCAAUUAAAGGAAGUAUGUUCAUAACAGUGUUUAUUAGUAUCAGGAGCUAUGUCCCAGGAAGAAAAGGGAGUGAAUGGAUGACAUCGUUUAGAAAGCUGAGUUUUCUCUUCAUGUCAGCAGUUAAAUGGAGUAUCAGAUCUAUGUGCUGAUGAGCCUCUCCUGAUCCUACUUCCUUUUCUCCUUGUGAACAGUUUAUUGGUGCCAUGCUGAAGAGAAAGACACAUUUAUGGGGGGAGGGGGUAUAAGGGGUCUAAAUGGUAGGGGACAAAAAUACAAUAAAGAUUAAAUUUUAAAAAAGACACAUCUACGUAAUAACACGAAGUCUUAAAAUAUAAAAUAUUUUUACUUGUCUAUAAUCUAAAGACUACAUUGUGCAUCUUUUGUAACACUGUCUCUUGUCAUGAUAAACACUGAAAUAGCAUGUUAAACAAAUGCCUAUACUUUAAUAUAAUCACUUGGGGAGAACUGGACUUUCUUCCCACUGUAUGAUUGUUCCUUUAAAGGUGAAUUGCUAAUUUUAUAUUGUGUAAUUCUCUUCUUCACAAAAUAGGUUUCACUAUUCUAUAUUAAAACUGUUGGUCAGAAAAUGAUCUGCUGUUCAAAUAAGUUUGCUUAACUUUUGUCUUUUAAAUAUUUUAACAUGCCUUAUUUAUUAUUCUUAUAUUAACCAAUGAGCUAAUGCAGAUGAAAUUUUCAUCUUUGACAAAUAUAACCUUGCAUAACUAAUCUUUAGUAUGGGAUGAUUUUGAUACUGUCUUUGGAGUUUUGCACUGGAUAUUAAAAAAAUACUGGCAUGUUGUGUUUGAAGAAAAGUAUUGGCUUAAUUUUUAAUAUUUGGGGACAUUUUUUAAAUCAGUGUUUCAAUUAGAUUAAAAAAUUCUUAUAUUUUUAUUUACUUUUUAAAAGAAACAUCUGUUAAAGUAAUAAGAGCAAUAUUCAUUCCAAACUGAAGGUUGUGUAAAUUUACAUGUAUAUUUUCAUGAAAUAAUAGUUUCAGUUUAGUAGGGAAAAAUUAUCUGAAUCCAUUUAUUACAUUAAAAGUAAUCCAUCCAGUGUAAGAAAAACCAGUGUGAGCUAAAGGAGAAAAAAAACCACACCUCUUUUAUAUUCUAAGAAGCUUUAAUAAAAGAAUAAUUCAGGGGAUGUUGACGAUAACUGCUACUUUUGUCAGUCAUUGUCUCUAUAUGCAGUAAAAUUUUAUGAUCCCUUUAUAGUAAAAGAAUACACAGCAGUUGUUGAAAACAUUUUUCCUUGGACAUAAAAUAUUUUAAUGCUGUUAGGUUUCUGUUUUUAUUAUAGCUGACUUAUACCUAUUAAACUCUAGGAUGUAUCUAAAUCUUUCCUUUAUUUUCCCCCCUUCACCUCCAAGUAGAUAAAUCUGUGCUCUCACAUAUAAUGUAUUUAAUUUUUGGAAAAUUUAAUGCUGUAGUAAAUCAAGUGUGUGAUUUAUAGUAAUCAGACCACUUUGACUCUUAAGUUUCACACUUUCCUUUUUCCACAGAUAAUUAUGGAGAAAAUAGUUACCAAUUAACUGAUAGAAGCACGCUGUCCUCUGCUGUAAAAAGUCUGAAUAGAUACUGUGUAUGUUUUUAUGUCCAUGAACUUGAGCUACUCGUGUGCAAUUAUGUGUAUGGGAAUGGAGUAGUGUUCAUGAUUUGUAUCUACAUCAUCAUA